AUGAGUAUUAUCCCAAUCUUUUACUUCAAGACAGUGUUCAGUGAUGACCGAAGAGGAGAGCCACGGAUGGGUAUACCGACCCAAACAAUCUAG